CCUAAAGAUUCGUUGUGCUAUCUUCCGCACACAAGUGUAUUAUCUUGUCUAAUGUAGGUCAGAUAUCUAGGUCGAGGAAUUUUAGAGGAAAUUUGUUGCAAUUGAAUUGUUUUCCUCGGAAAUUUUGACCCUUAUGAAAAGUUACUAAAUAUCUCGCAUAUGAACCAAUUUACACACACAUGAAAUCUGUAGCCACCAAAUAUAAUCACUGAAAUAGUUCAUAUUCAUACAUAAAUAUGAGAAAAAUUUUGUUGGUAGGCAGAGCAGGCAAUGGUAAAACAUCUACGGCCAGGUCUUUGCGUAUGGUUUCAAGUGAAAUAGAAACCAUUCCAUGUGUCGGUGUGGGGGAUAUUCAAGAGGAUCGUACGGAAUCUAUCCAAACUGUUAUUAGCCUCGUCCAGGACACACUUCAAGCUAACCGCGAAGGUAUGUCUGCUAUUAUUCUGGUACUCAAGUACGGAGUCCGGUUCACCAAGCAGGAAAAGGACGCCGUGGAAAUCACAAAGCUGAUGUUUGGAGAGAGCGUGUUUCGUUCACACGGGAUCAUUGCGAUGACGUACGGGGAUCUAUUUGAGGCUGACUGCUUUGAGGACUGGUGCAGGGAACAGACUGGAGACAUACACAAUCUCUUUGAAGAAGUCAACUACAGAAUCGUUCUGAUGGAUAACAAAAGUCAAGAGCAACAGAAACAGCUCGAACAAUAUACUGAGGUGCUGAGGCACGUUGAAGGCAUAAGACGUCCCUACACUCUGCGCGACUUUCAAGAUGCACUUCCUGGAAGAAGGGAACUUUUAGCAAGGGAACAGACUAGAGUUACUUUACCAUGCUGUGAUACUCCUACGUUAUGUGUCCAUGCCGCAGUUUCUGAUAGAGGAAAUGUCGCCUUCAUAGCUGGGACAGUUUGGACGUUUUUCGGGUUACUUUUAUUUGAAUAUUCCCUAUUUUUAGGUUUAUUCUGGUUGACUGGUUUAACGUUCUGGGUUCUUUAUGUAUUCCGAGAGAUGAGCAAUGGCUCGAUGGUGAUAUCAGUGAAAUAUGCAUCUAUAGCAGCAGGGGCUUUGUUUAUCUAUUUUUUAGUUCCUAUCAGCAACAAUGUAAUAUUAGAUAGAAGUUUUGAAGACAAAUGAAAUGUCCCCAUCGAUAUGAAAGCUUCAGAAAGAGAAUAUUAUUUGAACGGUUGAAAUUAUCUCUGAUAAAACGUAUUUAAUCUAGUAAUCGCUUAACAAAAGGUUUAUGUGUGGAUACUUAUAUUGGAUUUGAUAAUUAUAUAAAAUAUUGAUAAAAGUGGAAACAAUCAUUUAGGCAAUCAUAUGCAAUCUAUAUUAUGUUGCAUGAAUAAAGGCUUAUACACUUUUUUUUUUAUUAUAGAUAAUAUGUGAGCAUAUAUCCUGCGUCAGCCUUAAUCUUUAAAUAUAUAUCUGACUGGAAAAAUGUCAUGGUUCUAGUGAUUAUUUUAAUAUAUACGUAUCUAACGAAAAUAUUGUAUUUGCAGUGCCGUACAAUGGAUGCAAACGACUGGGGUAGCAAGGCCUCCCCCUUUCUUCCAAUUUUGUAAUUAAUUCAUAUUUGCAUAAGGCCAGUAAUAAUAAUAAUAAUAAUUCUAACAUAAUAAUAAUAAGAAUGACAAUUUCUUGGAUUUCAAAUGCCAAAACUUAAGGCUGAUACAAGCAAUACAAAGCUCACAUACAAUGUAAAUGAAGUUAACCCAUGGGCUAAAUGAAAUGUAGUAUAUUUUAUAUAGUGAUCCCAAUAAGGGCGCCACUUAGCUCAGAUAAAAUCUUUUUUUUUAAUCUUCUUGAUUUGGUGUUGGUAUUUAUUACAGUAGUAAAAAAGAUCUACAUUAAACAUUUAAAAACUGAA